ACGUGCGACUCGACAAAUUUCGGAGUAGAUCCACACGGAAUAAGUAAUCGAUUCGCGAGUGCGUGAGCGCUUUCCCGUCCCGUCCUGCUGUCGUUCGAUUCAUCGCCACUCCUCUCUCUCUCUCUCUCUUUUUUGUCUUUUCACCCUUUCCCUCUCUCUCUCUCUCUCUUUCUCUCUCUCUCUCUCUCUUCACCCUUCAUCUCUUUUCGAUUCUUCAUCGGGUGCUCCGAAAUUUCGUCUUUUUCUCCACUCCGAAUUCUCGCUCUCUCUCUCUCUCUCUCUCUCUCUCUGGACUCGAUCUCUCUCCCAGGUGCCGCUCCGGCUGUCGAAACCGCGCCGUCCUCGCCAUCGUAAUUAAAGCCUCGUCGUCAUCAUCAUCAUCAUCACCACCAUCACCAUGACCAUCAUCCACAAUGGUGGAGGUGGCGGUGGCGGCGGCGGUAGCGGCGACAAGCGGCGGCGAGCGGCGACACGGUGCCACCUCCUCGAUUCUAGGGAAUCGAGCGGUUGGUCGGUCGGUCGCCGAGCGCGAAAGGUGCGCGAGAAUGCCCGAGAGAGCGGCUCGAAAGUGCGGGUAAAUGUGUCGGUCGCGUUACAAGACGUGAAGCGCGAGCGCGAGAAGCAGGAGAAAGAGCGAGGAAACGAGAGAAGGAGCGCGAGAGAUAAAAAAAAAGAAAAGAAACGAGAAAGAGAGAGAGAGAGAGAGCGCGAGGAGGAGCGAGGGGUAGCCGGGAGAGGGAGAGGAGGACGCUCGCGAGCGCGCGCGCGCGCGCGCGCGGGGGCAGCCGGAGGUGCGCACGGUAGAGCGAGCGAGUUUAUUUUUAGUGGCAGAAGGUGAAGAAGGCGGGCGAAGAGCACCGCGCGGAGUGGUAUUAAGCGGCAGCACAGUGGCCCGAUGAAGCGGCGUAUGUGACACCGGGCUUUCCUCUCUCUUGCCACCGUCGAGGAGAAGAAGAGACACCUCGCAGACAUCUUGCUGCCACCGUCCACGCUGUUGGUCCUCCAUUCGUUUGGAGGCCAGUGGAGCAGCGACGCCAGAAAAUAAUACGAGCUGUGGUAGCCUUGUGGAAGCGUAACUGUAGUUGGCUUCGGCCAACAGAGGCGACAGAGAUAUCAUGGCGACGAUAGACGGCCGGCCGGCCCAAUAUGGUGUCACGCUUAAGCAACUCCGCGAACUCAUGGAGUUGCGGGGGCGCGAAGGUGUCAAUAAAAUCAAUGGCUACGGUGGUGUGCAGGAGAUUUGUAAAAAGCUGUAUACUUCACCUAAUGAAGGUCUUAGUGGAUCAGUAGCAGACAUACAACAUAGGCGAGAUACAUUUGGUUCCAAUAUGAUACCUCCAAAACCACCAAAAACAUUUUUACAGUUAGUAUGGGAAGCAUUGCAAGAUGUCACGUUAAUCAUCUUAGAAGUAGCAGCAUUGGUUUCAUUAGGUCUUAGCUUUUAUCAUCCAGCUGAUGAUGAAAAACCUUUAGUAGAUGACGACGAAGCGAAAUAUGGUUGGAUUGAAGGACUCGCUAUAUUAAUUUCUGUAAUUGUGGUGGUCAUAGUGACUGCGUUUAAUGACUACUCCAAGGAGAGACAAUUUAGAGGUCUUCAAAGUCGGAUAGAGGGAGAACACAAGUUCUCAGUUAUACGGCAAGGAGAAGUGAAACAAAUUUCUGUGUCUGAUAUUGUUGUUGGUGACAUUUGUCAGAUAAAAUAUGGAGACCUGUUGCCUGCAGACGGUAUUCUUAUACAAAGCAACGAUCUCAAAGUGGAUGAAUCCAGUCUGACUGGAGAGUCAGAUCAUGUAAAGAAAGGGGAAUCAUUUGAUCCUAUGGUACUUUCAGGUACACACGUAAUGGAGGGUUCUGGAAAAAUGUUAGUUACUGCAGUAGGUGUAAACUCCCAGGCGGGUAUUAUCUUUACUUUACUGGGUGCUGCUGUUGAUCAACAGGAGCAAGAAAUCAAGAAAAUGAAAAAAGAGGCUAAAAAGCAGCGGAAGAAGAAGUCAUUACCAGGGGAGGAACCGGUAGAGAUUACCGGGAACAGUCACGUGACCGGAGGCGGAGGCGGCGGUAAACACGAGGGCGGCGAGAAUCAUCACGCAGCCCCACCCGCGAGCGCCGUGGAGAGCACCGGGAAGAAGGAGAAGAGUGUUCUGCAAGCCAAGCUAACUAAACUCGCCAUACAGAUCGGUUACGCCGGCUCGACCAUCGCGGUACUCACCGUCGUCAUUCUAAUCAUACAGUUCUGCGUGACGACCUUCGUCAUCGACGGCAAGCCGUGGCGAAACACGUACGCCAAUGAUCUGGUGCGGCAUCUGAUCAUCGGUGUCACGGUGCUCGUAGUCGCUGUACCCGAGGGUCUUCCCCUAGCCGUCACCUUGUCGCUCGCUUAUUCCGUCAAGAAAAUGAUGAAGGACAACAAUCUGGUACGUCAUUUGGACGCCUGCGAGACUAUGGGUAAUGCCACCGCCAUUUGUUCGGACAAGACCGGCACCUUGACUACGAACCGCAUGACCGUGGUACAGUCGUACAUAUGCGAGAAGAUGUGCAAGUCGACGCCGAAUUUCUCGGAUAUACCGAGCCACAUCGGCGAAUUUAUCAUACAGGCCAUCUCCAUCAAUUCGGCGUACACGUCGCGAAUAAUGGAGUCGCAGGACCCUACUGAAUUGUCGUUGCAGGUCGGCAACAAAACCGAAUGUGCCUUACUUGGAUUCGUAUUAGCCCUGGGCAAGAAAUAUCAAACCAUACGGGACGAUUAUCCUGAGGAAACCUUUACGCGGGUGUAUACGUUUAAUAGCGUAAGAAAGAGCAUGUCUACCGUAGUUCCCAGAAAGGGUGGUGGAUAUAGGCUCUUCACCAAGGGCGCUUCCGAGAUCAUCAUGAAGAAAUGUGCCUUUAUAUAUGGUCGCGAAGGUCAUCUGGAGACAUUUACCAGAGAGAUGCAAGAGCGUCUGGUAAAGAACGUGAUCGAACCCAUGGCAUGCAACGGACUGCGCACCAUUUCCAUCGCUUAUCGCGACUUUGUUCCUGGCAAGGCGGAGAUCAAUCAAGUUCACAUCGACAACGAGCCCAAUUGGGACGACGAAGAUAAUCUAGUGAACAAUCUCACCUGCUUGUGCAUCGUCGGUAUCGAAGAUCCAGUGCGUCCCGAAGUACCGGACGCAAUUCGGAAAUGCCAAAAGGCCGGUAUCACCGUGCGCAUGGUGACGGGUGACAAUAUAAACACCGCGCGAUCCAUUGCGCUUAAGUGUGGCAUUUUCAAGCCAAACGAGGACUUCCUCAUUCUUGAGGGUAAGGAGUUUAAUCGCAGAAUUAGAGACAACCAUGGCGAGGUACAACAGCACCUAUUGGAUAAGGUGUGGCCAAAAUUGCGAGUACUGGCCAGGUCGUCGCCCACCGAUAAGUAUACCCUGGUAAAGGGCAUCAUCGAUAGUAAAUCGACUGAAAGUCGCGAGGUCGUAGCGGUUACCGGUGACGGCACGAACGAUGGUCCAGCCUUGAAGAAAGCCGACGUCGGCUUCGCUAUGGGCAUCGCCGGCACAGACGUCGCCAAAGAAGCGUCCGACAUCAUACUGACGGACGAUAACUUCUCGUCGAUCGUGAAGGCGGUAAUGUGGGGCAGAAACGUCUACGAUAGCAUCGCCAAGUUUCUCCAAUUUCAAUUAACGGUCAACGUCGUUGCCGUGAUCGUCGCUUUCAUCGGUGCUUGUGCCGUGCAGGACUCGCCGCUCAAGGCAGUACAGAUGUUGUGGGUAAACCUAAUUAUGGACACGUUAGCGUCUCUCGCCUUGGCUACCGAAAUGCCUACGCCCGAUCUACUCCUCCGUAGACCGUACGGUCGCACAAAACCACUCAUUUCCAGGACAAUGAUGAAAAAUAUUCUCGGUCAGGCCUUGUAUCAGUUGAGCGUUAUUUUCACGCUUCUUUUCGCCGGUGACCUGAUGCUCGACAUCGACACGGGUCGCGGAGUGGCAGCGGCGGGCGGCGGACCCACGCAACACUUCACCGUCAUCUUUAACACAUUCGUCAUGAUGACUCUUUUCAACGAAUUCAACGCCAGGAAAAUUCACGGUCAGCGCAAUGUCUUCCAGGGAAUAUUCACCAACCCCAUCUUCUAUUCAAUUUGGGUCGGCACGUGUUUAUCGCAAGUGGUCAUCAUACAAUACGGUAAAAUGGCAUUCAGCACCAGAGCGCUCACGUUAGACCAGUGGUUGUGGUGCCUGUUCUUCGGAAUCGGUACGCUAAUAUGGGGCCAAAUAGUUACGACUAUUCCUACACGCCGAAUUCCCAAAAUUCUUUCAUGGGGCCGCGGCCAGCCGGAUGAUAUCGGCGCGAUCAAUCUAGGAGACGAGAAAUUCGACCCAGACUCGGAUAAAAAGCCGCGCGCAGGACAAAUUCUAUGGAUCCGUGGUCUAACACGGCUACAGACACAGGUGAUAGGUGGCGAGUUGCAGGAACGUUUGAUACCGGUACCCUACAGCAAGAGUUCGACAGACCAAGCUGAUAAUAUUACGGCUUGUACUACUGGACCGGGCAGCCUUUCCUGCCCUCGACGUCAAUACGAAGGAAAGAUCCGCGUAGUGAACGCAUUUCGGCAGGGCCUAGACACGCGCUACGGCGAGCAUAGCAGCACCACCCUGGCGGAGGUACUGAGGAAGCAGUCGUCCUUGAGCAAGCGACUCUCGCAGACGAGCAGCAUCGAGUACGCCGACAACAUACCGGACGAGCUCACCAUACCGGAAAUCGACGUCGAGAGGCUCUCGAGUCACAGUCACACCGAGACUGCCGUUUAGAGACGACGCCGCCGCGUCGUCAUUAGCGACGCCUACUACUACUACUAUUACUACUACUACUAUUACUACUACUACUGCUGCUACUACUACUACUACUACUACUAUUGUCAUUAUGAGCAGGCCGACGAUAACGACGACGACGACGUCGUCUUCAUCUUCUCGCGCUCGUCGUCUCCCCGUGGUCGUCGGUCGCUCGCAGGAGAAGAGCAGGAGGUUUACAGGAAGCGAAUUAGAGAGAAAAACUUUACAAGAGAAAGGGGGUACGGAUAGAGGGAAGGAGCGGAGUGGAGGAUCCGUUGUUAGUUGCUUCGACGAAUGUGUGCGCGCGCAACAGAGGGGGUCCCUUGACUCCGCAGGUUGGACCCUCUCUAUUAUUCUCGCGACGAGAACGACGCGAUAAAGCCGCUGCAGCGUGUGCGAGAAAAGACAUCAAUUAUAAAUAUUACCCCAAAGUAACGCACCACUGCCUCCUAUACGUAGUUGAGUUAUGUUACGCCUCCCUUACGUUCCCUCGCCGUACCACCCUCCGUCUCGCGCUCUUGCGUUUCUCUCUUUUAUCGUGUGUGCGUGUGCGUGUGCGUGUUUGUUGACAAUUCUUUCGUUCCUUGACGCACCGCUGUGUGGAAGAGACGCGACGACCGGCCGCACAAGCCGAGAACGCGGAAGGGAAAGCAAAGAGAGGAGGAAAGAGAAAGGAAUUGAAGUUGAAAGGGAGAGAGAGGGAGAGAGAGGAGGAAAAAGGGAAAGAUUUUGAGUUUUUAUAGCGCGUACAGCUUGCAUCUUGAAUUACUUGUAGAAUCACUUGUCGACUUCUUUCUUUCUUUUUUUUUACCUUCAUCCCUUCGCCGUUUCUUCCUCCGGCUCUCUCUAGUCGCCUUCUUUCUUCUUCGCCGCGCGACAUUCUCUCUCCCUCUUCUCUCGCUCCGCGCUUCUCUCUUCAUCUCUAUCUGUCUUUCUUGCUCUCUUUCUCUAUUCUUUCGUAUCGAUCGUACCGUUAUCUUUCCAAUGAUUAUUCUUUUUUUUUCUUUUCUC